AUGCCGAACACAAAUCUCGACUCGAGUCACUCGACUAUUGUCUGCGAGACCAUUGCAGUGACGAUGGCGGCGGUGAAAAAAUGCCGCGACCCCUCUUUCGAGCUUGGGCUGCUUGGCAGUGCGGUCGAGACAGAAUGCAUGCUCGAAGCUACGCAACAGUGGCGGCUCGAUCGCGGCAAGCCAACGCUGGCAAAGUCGCCGGCCAAGGUCGAGAUACAAAGCCCGCCCCAGAUGGCCGGGCAGUGCUGCAAAUCCCUGUACGGAAUCGCCCAGGGCCACCUCUCCAGUAUCCCAAAGCUGCAUGGCUGCGUCUCCGAGCUUUCCGAAGCAGGUCGCGACGGAAUUCUCAUGUGUGCGCUCCAGGGGCUACGAUAA